AUGCCUGGACCUACCCACGAAAUGUACCUUAAAAACCAAAACCUCGGUGACCGCUCGUCGCUCGAAGAUCACCGCAUCCGCGGCUACGAUCCCCUCAUUGCUCCUGAUUUGCUUCAGUCAAUGUACCCCCUCUCUGAAUCAUCCUCUAAACACAUUCUCGGCGCCCGCACAGCUGCUACUGCUGUUCUCGAGGGACGUGAUGACCGUCUGAUUGUCGUUGUCGGUCCCUGCUCCAUCCACGACCCCAAGGCUGCCCUCGACUAUGCCGAUCGCCUGGCCAAGCUUAACGAGUCUCUCAAGGACGAUCUGCUCAUCAUUAUGCGCGCUUAUAUGGAAAAGCCACGCACCACAGUCGGCUGGAAGGGUCUCAUCAACGACCCCGAUAUCGAUGGUACUUUCAACAUCAACAAGGGUCUGCGCAUCACCCGCGAACUUCUUUCUACCAUAACUGAGAAAAUCGCCAUUGCUGGUGAAAUGCUCGAUACUAUUUCCCCCCAGUUCAUUUCUGAUCUCUUUUCUCUUGGCGCCAUUGGUGCCCGUACCACUGAGUCUCAGCUCCACCGUGAACUUGCCUCAGGUCUUUCUUUCCCCGUCGGUUUCAAGAACGGCACCGACGGUGGUCUCGAUGUCGCUAUUGACGCUGUCAGAGCCGCAAACCACCCCCACCAUUUCCUCUCCACAACAAAGCCCGGUGGUCUCGCUAUUGUGGGCACCAACGGUAACGAGGACUGCUUCAUUAUUCUGCGCGGCGGAAAGACUGGUACUAACUACGAUGCCGAGUCGGUAGCUGCUGCCGAAUCAAAGCUGCGUGCUGCUGGUAUUGUCAAAGACAAUGAGCAAACUGGCCGCGCCUACCCUCGUGUCAUGGUUGACUGUUCCCAUGGCAACUCAAGCAAAAACUACAAGAACCAGCCCAUUGUUGCCGCUGAGGUGGCCCGCCAACUGGCUGCUGGCAGCUCGGCCCUGUGUGGCGUCAUGAUUGAGUCCCACAUUGCAGAGGGUAGCCAAAAGGUUCCCGAUGUUAAGGACGGCGGUAAGGACGCCCUCAAGUACGGUGUUUCCAUCACAGAUUCGUGUAUUGGCUGGGAUAGUACUGUCAGUGUGCUUGAGGAGCUGGCAGCUGCUGUGCGCACUCGUCGUGACGUUUUCAAGCAAAAAAAGCUUGGUAAUUAG